AUGGAGACAGCGGUUCCGGUUACGUAUAAUGUCCCCAACCAUGAUAUGAAUGCCGUUCCCCCCCGCCGCAUGAUGACACCCAGUCACCAUGACCAGAAUAUCGCGUACUUCUCAAACCCAUCAAUACCAUAUUCAACGGCUCUGCAGCCCCCGCCCUUCAGUGGUUUCGGUCAUAUAUUGAAUAACCACCACCAUCCCUCGUAUCAUUCUUACUUCAGCUCAAAUCCAAAUCACCAUGUUAAUUCGCAUCAUCCGCGAUUGCCAAUUGAGGCCCUCCCAGUGCAGCCACAGCUCUCUGAUGUCCGCCAUGUCAAAAACUUCAUCCCUCGUUCAAUCAGACCUUCACCCCCGAAGGAAGACCAUAUACCUCACCCGCCACCUCAGCGCGUAAACGUAGCACCGGCACGGGCACGAAAUGUCACUACCCAACAUGAUGAUCCCAAGGGCCCCACCAAACCUGAAGUCGAUUUCGGUACAGAGGUGGACACAUUGAUGAAGACCAUACAGGCCAAACCGCAAUCAUCUUCGCCCCAAGUUGAACAUCAGCUUCCUCCUUUACAACAAAAGUUUAACAACGGUGUCCCCAGUUGGAUUCAGCCAGCCUACGCCAACCAAAUGCCUGGCAACCAGGGAAUUUUCCCUACUCCUCCUCAAGAUCGCAUUAUGUCCACGAACCAAAAACCAAGACGGAAAUACGAAUGUACCCUUCCCCAGUGUAGGAAGAGCUUUUUCCAGAAAACGCAUUUGGAUAUCCAUAUGCGGGCACACACUGGGGAUAAGCCAUUUACAUGUAAAGAGCCUUCAUGUGGUCAACGGUUCUCUCAACUGGGCAAUCUUAAGACUCAUGAGCGACGACAUACAGGCGAGAAGCCAUACUCGUGCGAGAUCUGUCACAAGAAAUUUGCCCAGCGAGGCAACGUUCGUGCCCACAAAAUCACACAUGAACAGGCAAAGCCUUUUACAUGCCGUCUGGACGACUGCGGGAAGCAAUUUACACAGCUCGGUAAUCUAAAGUCUCACCAAAACAAAUUCCACACCCAAACCCUCCGAAACCUAACCCUUCGAUUCGAAUCCAUCGGCAACAGCGAUCGUAUGAGCCCGCAAGACAAGGAGCUGUGGGAUUACUUCUCCACUCUGUAUCGGAAUAGCAACAAGGGCAUAAAGGGUCGGGGCAAGGACCGCCGCGUAUCAACAGCGAAGCGCUCGACGAGUACAUACGAAGGAAGUGUAUCGGAUAGCGACGAAGAUCUCAAGAUCCGCAGCAGAAGUUACGAUCGCGUAUCGGCGGUAAUGACCUUGGGCGGCGAGGACCUUGGGCGGUGA